UGGGAGCGGGCCCGCGACGCCCGGUAUGGAGGGGCCCCGAGCCCAGCGCAGCCGACUCGAGGCCGGCCCGUCUCCAGGACGACCGCCGUUGGCGGCCGGCGGCCGGCGGGCGGCGCCAUGACCGAGCAGCGCCCGCCGCGGCCGCUCUACUUCCCCCACUUCCACGACCGCGCCGAGCCCGGCCCGCCCGCGCCCGACGGCGGCGGCCCCGGGACCCCCUUCGCAGCCGCGGGCGGGCCGCGGCAGCCCCCGCCGGCUGCCGCCGGGGCGCCCCGCUGGGCCGCGGGGCUGGCGCCCGUCGCCUACGAGCCGCUGCGCUUCUUCUGCCCGGCGGCGGCGGCCGCCGAGGAGGGCGGCGCGGCGGGGCGGCGGCCCGGGGAGCAGCCGCAGCUGGAGGGCGAGAUCUGCGAGCUGGGCAUCCGCCUCAAGGAGCUGGAGCUGUCGGCGCUCGUCGGCGACGGCUUCGACGCCCAGCAGUAUAAACUUCUGAAGGCACUGAAAGAAGAAAAGAUACAAGGCAUGAAAGCAAGGCAGAAGCUGAAGAAAUAACCACCAACAGGAUGAGGAUUAUUUCAGCUGGAUAUUCUGUCACUAUAUUACCAUAGAGUAUUUUAAUGGAUCUUCGAUAUUAUUUUUCUACUUAUUAUAUGCUAUUCUUCUACCAAAUUAAAAAAUACAGUAUAUUUUCUUGUUGACUUUUUUGGUGUAUUAUUUGUCUAAUACUAGUUACUGAUAACACUACUAUGUAGUAUUUUAAUGU